ACAAAUAAGUCCAGGCUGGGGCUCGCGUCCAGCCUCUUAUCUUCUCGACUCCCACCGCCGCUCUUCUUAACUCAUCCUUUACGACUUUACGAGCACUGCACUGUUACGAGUAAUACUCACGAGUAAUACGAUACCAUAGCCUGUUAUACCUUGUCAGGGAUCCUUGGAACUUCACGAUGCGCGCUUCCACCAUCAUCGCUCCGCUUUUCUUCGCGGCCACAAGCCUCGCCCAGGCUGUCGAGGAGGGCAUUGCGCCCGAUGCUCCUGCCCCCGAGGGCUGCCUGACUACCGUCGAGACGCCCUUCCGCAUUGGCACACUCGAAAACCCCGACCUGAGUAAGCGCGAAACCGCUCAAGAGGCAUCAGAUGGCGACCUCCUCUGCACCCUCGAGGACGGCAUCCUGCACGACCAAUACGGCCGCACCGGCUCCAUUGUCGCAAACCAACAAUUCCAGUUCGACGGCCCACCCCAAGCUGGUGCCAUCUACACAGGCGGCUUCUCAGUCUGCGGCAACGACUCGCUUGCCAUUGGCGGCAGCACACGCUGGUGGCGCUGCAUGAGCGGUGCCUUUGGCAACCUGUACGACCAGUCCAUCGGCGCCCAAUGCCACGAGAUCCGUAUCCAGGCCAUCUACGAUGAAUCCGCGUCGGCGAGCAGCAGUCGCAGCAGCAGCGAGGCCAUGGCAAGCAGCACCAUGAGCAGUGCCCUGUCUGGAUCCACUAGCAUCAUCUCCGCCAGCGAGACGAGCGGCCUGACGAGCGAAAGCAGGACCAUGACUGGAAGUGGCUUCUCGACUGCUACUCCCUUCUCCAACAGCGCGACUGCGACUGGCUCCGACAGUGCGGAUGCCACUUCUACCGGUGAUGCGGCUGCUCCUCCUGCUGAGGGCGCCGCUUCGUCCGUGUCCAUGGCUCCUUUUGCCAUGUUUGGCGCGUCCAUGGUCUUCCUCGGCGCUGCUUUGGUGCUUUAGAGCGUAGCAUUAUACCAUUCAGCUUCUUCGGAGCUUGUUCAUCACUCGCACAUUGCAUGCUGGGCGUCGCUCGGCCCCCUUGUUUAUACCUACUUGCAUGGUAUUGCAUCUUUUUGUACUACCCGUUUCGACUUGCAUUAGCGAGCAUAUGAUGCCAUGGCGCACACACAAAUGGCGCAUGUUGUCGCGGCUAUUUUGGGUAGCUGGCCAGCGCCAUGAUUUGUGGUAGCAUUGGCGCAAUUUGGAUGGAGGUUCUUAUUUCUUCGGCUUUGACGAAAGAGCAUGGUAUUCUGAGAUACACAUGGUUACGCAUUCGGUAUACGGAGCUUAGAUUAGAUUCCAAGCCUUAAUCAUAAUACUUUACACACAUUGGUUGCCUGAUACGCG